ACAGUCUAACAUGGCUGACCAGAGGCAGCGCUCACUGUCUACCUCGGGGGAGUCACUGUACCACGUCCUGGGGCUCGACAAGAAUGCCACCUCAGAUGACAUCAAGAAGUCCUAUCGGAAAUUGGCGUUGAAAUACCACCCUGACAAGAACCCUGAUAACCCAGAGGCUGCGGACAAGUUUAAGGAGAUCAACAACGCCCACGCCAUCCUGACAGACGCCACGAAAAGGAACAUCUACGACAAGUACGGCUCUCUGGGGCUCUACGUGGCCGAGCAGUUCGGGGAGGAGAACGUCAACACCUACUUCGUGCUGUCCAGCUGGUGGGCCAAGGCGCUGUUUGUCUUCUGCGGCCUCCUCACCUGCUGCUACUGCUGCUGCUGCCUGUGCUGCUGCUUCAACUGCUGCUGCGGGAAGUGCAAGCCCAAGGCGCCCGAGGGCGAGGAGACGGAGUUCUACGUGUCCCCCGAGGACCUGGAGGCACAGCUGCAGUCCGAUGAGCGGGAGGCCACGGACACGCCGGUCAUCAUCCAACCAGCGUCUGCCACGGAGACCACCCAGCUCACGGCCGACUCCCACCCCAGCUAUCACACCGACGGGUUCAACUAGCAACGCGGAGAAGCUGAGAGUGCAGACAAGUCGGCACUGGCCGCCUCCACCUUAGAAUCAUGAACUGUAGUCACGGAGGUGGGGGGGCCGCCCCGCUGCUGCACUGGCCCCCACCUCCUCUGCGCCCGCCCACCCGUCGACCCUCGGUACACGAAGUGCGUAGCAUGCAGUAUUUAAAGCAGUGUAGCUACGGUCUUCUGUUCUCUUCCUUUAAUAGCAUGUGUGGGUUAGGGCCCAUGUCUGUGUUGUGGACGUGCCGCGGCGUGGCCCCGUGAACCCGAUGGUGGAGCUGCCGCGGGGCGUCCAGUCAGACCAGUGCCGCCUGGCCAUGCCAGCUGCAGGACGGGCUGCCCUGUGCUUGUUGGGCAGAGCUGCCCCUGUGGGGGCCACGGCGUCUUACCCCCCAGGGAGGGAGCUGGCCACGUCCUCGGCCCACAGCACCGUCUCCACAGCAGCCACGCAGCACGGUCAGCACCAGCUCUCGUCCCUUGUCUCUGUGGCUUCCAGGCGGGGCUUUCCUAUGGAAGGUGCGGGAGCCUCCGAAGUCAGGCCACCCCUGUGCUGUCUCGCUCUCAGCCUCCCCUUCACAUGGUCCGUGAGGUCCUAUCCUUGGGGACAUGUCCCUGCCCCUUCCCAGGCCGCCGACUGGACUGACAAGGCCACAGUGUCCCCCCCUUCCCUGCGUCACCCUCCACUCUCCUUCAAGCCCACCUGUCCUUUUGUAACCCUCUGGGGCUUUAAAAUCCACAAGUGGCAGCAAGAGCCCACCCAGUCAGGGCCAUGGGCCGUGUGCUGGACAGCGUGUGGGGGCCCACGUGGGGCUCACGCAGCCUCAGCCGCCCCUGUGCUUGCUGGGACCUCUGCUCCCUGCCUUCAGCACCCGGUCACCCGAUCAGGCAGCUCCGGUCUGAGGCCCUCUGAGCCGCUGGGAAGCGCACUCUCCUGUUUGGGUCCCCGGCUUGCAGGUGGUGCUGGGGCGGGCGGGGGCUGAGCAAGUGUCGUGGCAUGCGUGUGGCCAAGGCCCCGAUCAGCUCGCUGGCAUGCGGGACCCACCUUGUCUGGUAGGCCUAGCUCUGCGAGGCCCCCUGAGCUGCUGUGGAGAAAGAGCAGGGAGGCUGCGGGCGCAGCGGCUCCGACUUGGGGGGCCCACAUGCUGCUGAAGCCCCAUUCCCACCCCUGCUGACUCAGCCCUGGGCACCCACUGGCCUCACCCUGGCCCCCAGAGCAGGCAGAGGCUGGUGAGGCCCCGUGUGGGCCUCGUCCUCGGCUAGCCUUGCCCGCCCCGUUGGCUUUACCUUUCGCUGAGGGAGGGUCCUCUGGGGCUUUACUCCAGCCAGGCCUUCGGAAGAGUCAGCAGGGGCUCGACCCGUCCUAGAGCGAGUGCGGGCCAGACAGCGGGCGCUCUCUGCCGAUGCCAGUGCCAGCACUCGGCCGAGAGCCACCUGCCGCAGUCAGUCUUGUCCCCUUCUUGAGUGGCUGAGGGAGUGAGUGGUUUUUCCUCAAAACGGUUCAGAGCUGGGCUCGGAGCCCGUGGCUGUGAGGCUGGCAAGGCCGGGGCCUCACUCGUGUCCGAGGGAGCCCUGGCCGUGUGGCUUCGGGACAGACGCAGAGGCAUGAGGCACCCUGGGCAGUGCGCGGGAGGGGAAGGGGCAGCGGUCUGGAAGGCCGUCGGUCUCCCGUGGCAUCCGUGGGAACCCCGCAGAUCAUGAUGGUGGUGACAGAGUCACGGUGGUGAGAGCGACUGCCCCGUGCCCUCCCGCCUGACCAGGCAGGACCCCUCGCCAGUGUCAUCUCAGUUCGAGAAAAAGCGCUUCCCAGUCAUUCCCUUUUCCUUGAGGUGAUUGUUCGUAGCAGUCAGUCCGUCUGAGGGGAUGGCCUGUGCCCCUCCUUGUCCAGAUGCUACCAGUGGGGUGACACCCGCACCCCAGGACCUCCUGCUCUGGUGGCCACCAUGGUCGGCCUUGGCCCCUGGUUUCAGGCUUUGGACAGGCCGUGGCGAGCGGGGGAAGUCCUGGCGUCGGUGGGGUCCGCGGGUCGGUGUGCGGCUCAGGGCACUGGCAGUGCCAGUCUAGGCCUGCGGGAGCAUCGGGUCACAGGCUGUCGUGGUAGCCACCUGCAGGGCCGUGUCCGCUUGGUGACGUGGCCUGCUCCUGUCUCCCUUCUGCUUUACUCCUGACUGCUGAGUCUGUGGGCCCGCCCCGUUCUCGUGUUCAGCUGCUGUGCCCAGCGCCCAGUGCCCAGCGCCCAGCGCCCAGCGGGGACCUGUUCGAAGAGACCAGUGUGUCGUGGUGGCCGAGGCAGCCGUCCAGGGCAGGACCUGGCCUGAGCGUGCUGGCAGCGGGGCAGGUCCUGCCACCCUCCCGACUCGGCUCACUGCUGUGGGGUGGCUGCGAGGGGCAUGAAGGGGACCGAGGCCACCCUCUUCCAGCAUUCCGAGCUGUGGCCCUAGUGGCACAGGGCUGGCCUGUUGUGUUAUUCGGUAAGGAAUUCGCUGCCUGUGGAGUUGGCAAAAGUGGCGUUUCUGCUGUCUGUAUAAACGGUCUGCGCCAUCGUAUGCUGUGAGCGGGGGGCUGCGGUGUGUCCGUACACACGUGUGUACGGACACAGUGCACAGCCGGCACGCCGGGCUGUUGUCCCGCGGCAAAGCAGCACACACAGGAGGAGCUGGCCGUGCAGAGGCUUCUGGCUUCUUGGCGAGUCUGGCGGGGACAGCCCCCACGUGGCUCUGGUGGGUCACAGGGAAGGAAGCAUGCUGUGUGCGUGGCUGUGCAUGCCUGUCGCCCUGCCAGGGGGGCUUCUCGGUGAGACUGGCAGAGCGCACGUCCCUCUCUGGGGGCCUCUGUCAUUCAUAUCUGGCCCACAGGUCUGUCCCUCUGUGAGCCCUGGGUGGCGGCUGGUGGCCAGUCUUCUAAGCAGCAGGUAUAGUCUGACCGUGUGUGUUCUGAAGGGCCCGCCCUGCGAAGGGGCUCUGUCCUGGCCACACCGAGGGGCUGGGGCCGCAGGUCCUGCCGUCCUUCAGGAAGAGCUGAGCCAAGGGGCCUGUGGGCCGCACCUUUGGUGGACUGCUCUGGGAGACGAGGUGUCUCGCGCCGUGCGGUGGGGGAGUUUGCACUGAAACGCGCAGACCUUGCUGGGAAGUCUAGCACGACCGAUGGGGAGAGCUGUCGAGGCUGGUUCUGUGCCGCUGGGUGAGAGCUGUCGAGGCUGGUGGCCGGCCCGGCCCCUCGUGCACCCCAGGGCCGGGUGGAGGCUCAGGGGCUUCGCAUGGUGACCUCGUCCUGUAUGUCUGAAUGUCGACCUAAAAUAAAGAUAGCUGUUGUAAAAUAAAUGUUUUCAUGCAGACCA